CUCGCGAGCCGUUUUCAAUUUGAAAUUCUUCCGAUUUUCUGUGUUUAUUUAGCCUUUUAAGAGCGCCGUUUGUAUGAGCGAAGCGAUUCUACUUUUUUGCGUAUUUCAGGCUCUACCUACUUUCCGAGUGGUUACUCUAAAAUGAAGUCCGACGACGAAUUGCACGACUGCAGUUCAGUCAAUGCGACCAUUCUGGAAUACUACGAGAAGUUUGGUAGAGACCGCCGUUUAGAGAAGUAUCUGCGUUUACGGGAACCUAUCGUCCGGGAAGCAGCUGAGCAAACAAAGCCAGUUCCUAUCCUCACCGUAGCAAGCGAUAAAUUGGAAGAACAACCAGGAGCAGCCAAAGAAGCACCCGAGGAAAGUCCAGAUGGAGCAGAGGAAAUAAAACCCCCGCCCGGAAAUGCCGUUGAAGGAGUCACCGAUUCAUCCCAGACAGAUUGUGACGCGCUGGAAGAAACACAGGAUCCUGACGACAGUAGAACUUCGCGGCAAAGCAAGAAAUCUCAUGUUCGCCUUGAGUGGGACUCUCUGGGAGACGUUGGUUACAACAAGCCUGCUACGACUUCAGAUAGGUCGGAUCAAACCAUAAAGACUCUGGAGAAAGACAUUUUAAAGGAAAUAUUCUGCAGUAAAGAGAACCCAACGUCUGUUGGGCCCCCGACAGAGAUUCCUUCUGAUAGCACGAAACAGAAAGAGAAAUGGCAAAGAACUUUGGAAACCAUAAGGAAGAAGUACGACAGCCAGUUGCUGGACGCAUCUGGAGCUAUAUCGAUUCCCUUUAAUACAGCUUCCUUCUCGGACCGGAGUACCCCGAAGCCAAAGAUGAAUAGGCCAAACAAAAGUAUACAGACGAGCUUAGUCGGUAUGGACUGCAAAGAAGUUCAGGUGAGUAUAAGGGAGGACAGCACUUCGCCUUUGAAAUCGACCUCGAAAUAUAGCACCUACUCAACAUCCGUCGACAGUCAGAGGCCUGAAGAGAAAAUGGGUUCCUCGUCGCAGACGGAAUCUUCGAUAUUAAAUGUUGGAGUUGACCCAGUUUGCAAGGCUCAGAACGAAAUUGAAUUAGGAAUAAAGUUGCUUUGCUCGUUGAUUGAGUCGAAGAAUUUAUCGGUGAGAAAGAAAAAAUUGCUUGCGCGUAAGAUUGUUUCCAAAAUUAAUCGAAGAACUGCCAAUCGGAGCAGCACCAGCUCAGCUGAUAUGACAAAGUCGGAUCGAAUGAACAAUAAUCAGAAAGGCAAAAUAGAAAGGGGAACGACCCCGUCAAAGGGCAGUUCCUCGUCGCAGGGACAAAUAAAGCGAAAUGAAAUUGUGUCAGGUGGUUCGACUAAGACGCAAGACCUUCAUUCUUCUAACACCUCGAACUCAACACGUGGAACUUCAACUUCAGAGAAAGAGACCUUGCAAAGGGGACCCAAAAGACAAACCGCAAAGUUGCAAGGUAAAGUGGGGAGCGUAUCCUGUUCUCGUUCUGCAGAAAGCGCCGCGGAUUCUAUGAGUGCUUGGCUUGACCCAAUGACCAAGUCUGAGUUCAUUUACGAAAAAUCUCAUGCUGCCAGCGUUGUUCUUGUCAAUAAGAAAGCCAGUGGGGAUUUCGUACCCACGGUUCCUACCAAACCACAUUCGGAUGGGACUAAAACUGUUUGGGUAGAUCAGAAAGGUGGUGGCGACUUCAUUCCGUUGGGGCACCGCCGUCCAAGUGAAAUAUUUGAUUUUAUUACAAAUGAACGAAAAUCCCAUUUGAAUUGGAUUGAGAACGAAAUACGGCACUUGGAAAACCUCAAGCAGCUGCUCCUUUCAAACAGCAAGAAGCCUGCAUUCGCUCCCCUUGGGAAUAGUCAGCAAGUCUAUGGAGUAACUACUAAACCGGUAUUUCAAGAAAAUGUAUAUGAUAAAGUGGCGACCAGUUCGGACCCUUCUUUGAUCCCAUCGACAGCAAGAACUUCCCCCGUUAUUUACCAUGAAGCUGAGGUAAUAUCUGAGAAGGAAGCGAUCAACCCUAUCAAACUUUAUCAGAGAAUUGAAACGCGCCGGGAACAUGAAAUUUUGUACGACGACGUCAACCAGACGGGAAGAACUACGAGUCAAACGGCAAGAAGUGGAGGAAAAAGCGUUACGGUCGAAAUCCAAGAAGAGAAACGGUUUCCAAAACGGAACUACCGCAACAAACAUGCCGAAAAGCAGUUACGGUCGAAACUCGAGACCCCAACCGUCUGCACCAACGAAAAUCUCGCAGAGUUUGUAAGAAGUCGCAAACAACAAUUUCUGGAAAGGUGCAAGAAAAACUAUACGCGUAAGACAGACUCAGAAAACUCCACCGAAAAUGGACAUUACUCUGAACCCUGCGAGAAGUCUACAUCCAAACAGAAAGGAAGUGGAAGCGAACCAUGCACAACUACUACUUCAUCAAAUUUCUUCGUCUCUUCCGAAUCAAUAUCUAUCCCUGAAGCAGUUACAUCUUCCACGACAACAACCACGCACCAGUACGACCAUCGCACUGGAAUUGGCAUACAAACCACUGAAUCACUGCUUCAGACGAAAAGGAUUCUUAACAAAGAUGAUGGACCCACGAUGAGGACUUAUCGCUUCGGACGAAAUAAACAGACGCAAACGAAACCUCAGUCGCUUGCAUAUGUCAUCCAUUUUGAGAGUUCUUGCCCUUCUGGAUCUUCAGCUGAAUUUACACUUCGAGACUAUUUGGAGCGAAGACGACCAGAUUUCAUGGAACAUACAAAUCAGCGCUGCACAAUUUUGAGUAAACUUCGACAUCUUCGGAAGGAACGCGACAGGCAAGUGCGAGAGAUCAUAGAAAACACAUCGAUAACAUCAAUCCCCAGAAAAUUGAAGGAACUUCCGCCUCCACCGACAAAAUCCACGCGAGUUUUUGCAACACGCGAAAUGAAGGCCAUUACAAAGCAGAAAUAUUCGCAGCUUCCUGAGGUGGUGGAACGAAGUCGACGGCUCAAAACUGAGAAAACCAAAAAAUCAAAUAGGAUCAUAGCUGACGUAUUUAAUAAGAGAAUACAGCAACGUGUUCGCAAAGGAAAACUGAACUUAGAUCAUAGUAUGACAGUGAUUUAGAUUUUCAGAACAAUAUACAU